AUGGCGUGUAUUCAACGUGAUAUGGUCGUAAGCGAAAUCAUCGCCACUCUAUGUCGGUGACAUUUUCGCAAACAAUGUCUCAAUGGCCAGUGUGUGUUGGCCGAUAUUGUCGGGAGAGUAGAGAUUCGCGGUCCCUCGGACAUGUCGGCUGCCCACAAAACAUUAGUCGAUACGAGCGCUGUUAUUUUUUUGGUUUAAUUACCCAAGUUUUUGAGGUACGAAACUGGGAAUGACCUAAUGCAAAUUAGCGUCUUGUUUAAUUUUUGGAUCGUCUCCUUUAGGGGAGACAAAAGAACUAACAGAAGUAAAAUUGGAUAAUAAUUGAUGAACUUAUGGCCUCAAUCGCAACUUCAUUGUAAGAAAUAUUUAAAUAAUUGCAGAUUCAAACACGUAUUUUCCAGGGUGCGCUAUACAAAGAUUUUGCUGAUAUUCAUAACAAUACCAUUGAAGUUCAAGGAUGUUUGGAUAACGUCAACUCGCUUGAGAUUAUUGUUGAAAUCGCCGGACGAUCCAGCAUAAAUUAUCCAGUGAUGUCUAGAGUGAGCCCAUCUUGCGAACUGAGAAAAGUGAUAUCUGCAGGGAAUUCAAGAUAAUGUCUACAUGCACAAUGUGACUCUGGAAAACUGGCAGAGUUGUCAAGUUCCUAUCGAGACGUAUGAGAUCAGUAUGGUCAAGAACUAUGAAAAGAUUCAGAAACAAGUGUUGCACAAAAUGAACACCCAGGUUUUUUGAAUCAAUUUCUUGUUACCCCGAGUAACUUCAGCAGUCCGACUCCAACUCAGCGGCCGUCAACCAACCAGCUGUUUUCAUCGGGAACUUGCACAUCAAAACCGCUCCAGCUGAUACUUUUCUCGAUGUGAGAGGAUGGGGAAAAGGAGUUGUGACUAUCAACCAGUACAACAUCGGAAGAUACUGGUCCACAGUCGGGCCUCAGGUAAGGCGUUUUAUCAGAAAAACGCCAAACACUCGUUUUUCAGCAAACCCUUUACAUUCCGUCCGAGUUCCUUCACAAAGGCACCAAUCUGAUAAUGUUCUACGAGUUCGAGGGCGCUACGACUGCAUGCACGGCAGCUUCUUGCACCGCAAAGUUCACUAACAUUCCGAUUUUCGACUACUGA